GGAGGGACACAAACACAACAAUCUAACAGCACAGCCGUUAUUCUAAUUUCAUCUAAUAUCAGCACCAUAAACACCAGCCGACAUCAAACACCGCGCUCGGAGGGUCAGACUCAUCCGGACGGACCGCGGGGCAGAAGCUGAAAGUUGACUUCCACUGGUGGAGAAUUCUAAAGGACACAGGAGGACGCCGGAAGCGUUUCCGUGCACAUAGUUGCUGGGAAAGUCUAACCCUCUAUAGGCAUCAAUUAAACCGAAGCGCCCGCUACUCUGGGAUCGUUCACCAUCUCGUCUUCUAAAGCUUUUUUUUUUGGGUAGCCUGUGAAAGACCAAUGCGCAGUACGUUCUGUUUCUGGACACAUCUGUGGGAAAGCUGUGGGGUCUCUGGUGUCAUCCGUUCAAGCACCUGAUAAUUUAAUGAACUGUAAAAUCUUCCGAUUUGUUCAGGAUCAGAUCAUACUUCACUUAAAAUACUCCGGCAGUCUGACGUGAUACCGGUCUGCAAGUCGCAGCCAUGAAUGACGAAGCUUAAAGAUGAUAUCUGGUUUUUCUUUCACUCUGCCAUCUUCUAAUAUGGUCCACGGUAUGUGCCGCUGAAGACGAGAGCAAUGCCCGUGACCCCAUAGCACCCGACACCAUCAGCUAUUGUGAUGUGACGGAUAAGACCCCCUUUUCCCCCUUGAUCUUGCACUCUCGCUGUUUUAAUGAGGUGAACAAAUCCGCUUCGUGACUUUCCUCAACGAAGCAUCGUGUGGUAUCGCCCCACUGUCUUUUUUUUUUUUUUUUUUUUCUCUUUGUGCGCAUCUUCAGCUUACGAUGAGUUUGUAAUAGGAGUCUGUAAGCUUCUAAGCAAGCACGACGUGCUGCUUCCACAAGCCUUCCAGAUAAAAAGACUGUUUUUUUCUUCCACACAGUUUUGCCUCGCACUGUUUUAUUUGGUCAGUCUGAAUGCACUCUGUAUAAUCAGUUCAGUUAAGAGCGGCCUGUAGAGUCGGACAGACAUCGCUGAGUUGUUCUUCCACUAUCGCUGACCAAUCCUGUCGAUCAAAAACAUCAAGCACUUCUCGUCAACUACAAACCACUGCAGCUGUGUCCCAUUUUACCGUUACGUGGGGUAUCGGGACACCAAAAAGUUUUGUUUCUGCCACGCCGUUACGCACUGCACCAACCUGGAGACUGGAAUUUGCUUGUGCCAAGCUUCUGUUGUCCUGUGGCGCCAGUUUGGUCGUACAGCCAACACUUUUUGAGCGAGUCGGUUGGACUGACCGUGUGAAGAAAGCCAAGGGCCGCUGGACUACAGAGCUUACAACUCUGGGUUCAGGCCAUGAGGUUUGAUGCCUCGAUCCACUGACGGGAGACACUGGACCUAAAUGGCGCAGCAUGACUUUGUUCCUGCCUGGCUUAACUUCUCUACGCCUCAGCCCGCCAAGUCCCCUGCAGCCCCCCUUGAGAAGCAUGGUGAGCACUUUCCCCGUGGAGAUGGCCGGCCGGGAGUGAGCCGUCGUAGACACAACUCCUCCGACGGCUUCUUUAACAACGACCUGCUCCGAGCCCCCUCAGGUGACGGUUGGAUCCAGCCGUCUCUGCUGAGGCACGACUCUGUGGACUCCGGGGUCGCUAAGGGAAGUCAGGGAGGUCUGGGCACCGGACACGGCUGGAAGGAGACCCCCAGCUGGCAUGGGGCCCCGCGUGGCCAGGAGGGCCCCCACCAUCACCACGGACGCCAUGCUAAGCGAGCUGGAGGAGACAGGGACAGGCAGGGUGGCCAUCGACAGCGCAACGGCAACUUCCAUCCUCGCAAGGGCGCUUCCUUUCAGGACCGUUACUCUGACGAGGAGCGCAACGAUGACAAGCUCAAGUUUGUGGAAGAGGAUUUUCCCUCCCUGAAUCCAGAGACGACUGGUAAGCCAGUGAGUCAGGCACGUGCAGUGGGAACUCCAGCUGGGGUAUGGGAGAAUCCUCCCAGUGCUAAGCAGACUAUGUCCAAGAUGCUGGUCAUUAAGAAGGUCUCAAAGGAAGACCCCAGUGCUGCAUUUUCCGCUGGUUUUGCCAGUGCUGGUCCUCUGCCCACCAAUGGCGCCAAAGUCUCUAUCUCUGGACCCAGUGUCUAUAAGAACCUGGUUCCUAAACCUGCUACGGCCCCGACUAAGACUGGACCUUGGAAACCCAAUGGAAGGGAAACUAAAGUGGGUUUGCAUUUCUCUGGUCGGGAUUCAGCCUUCACCAGUCCUGUGUCUGUGACCAAACCUCUGACCCCAGUCAGUGCACCACCCCAUGGCACUCCUAAGGAGCCACCAUCCAGCACUACCCCUCCUAUAGACAUCACCCCUCCUCGGCUGAAGCUGAUGCGGCGUGGCACAGACCGCAAAAGUGAGUUUCUGCGAGGUCUGAAGGACGAGAGGAACGGAGAGGUGAGCAGCUGCCACAGCCCUGGUGCUCCGGCAGAGGAAGAGGACAGUACUCCUGAGCCAAAAGAGUAUGAGGAAAGCCACGAGAAUGGCAUGUCUCACUCUCUUAGUGACUCCGACACUGAGCAUCUAUCCAGCUCCCUGGAGGCUGAGCACAGGCUGCUUAAAGCGAUGGGUUGGCAGGAGUACCCUGAGAACGACGACAACUUCCAGCCCCUCACGGAGGACGAGCUCAAAGAGUUCCAGGCUAAAACCGAGCAGAUGAAGAAGAACGGUCUGGGCCGCAACGGUGUGCUCCUGAAGCCUCGAGCUGUGACACUGCUGGCCUGGAGGUCCACGGCCAACAGCGGCCUGGACGAAGGCUCCGAGUCCGAGACCAGCAGUAGCAGUCAGACCUCGGACGAUGAGGACACCUAACGUGGCUUUAAAAAUCCUCCCCGUCCUCUUCCUUCAUCACUUCCUCUCUCUCUCUCUCUCUCUCUCUCUCUCUCUCUCUGUGUCUCUCUUUGCGUUACAUCUAUCAUUUCAAACACGACAAAGAAAAAAAAGUGAAGAAAUCGUUUCCAUGGACAAGGGACAUCUUUCAUAUCGCAGCGAGAGCCAGAACACUGAGUGGAAACGUCAUGGGCAGUUUCUGUUGUCUUUAUUUUGUUUUGUUUUCUUUUUCUCUCCUUUUCUCACCCGUUUUCCCUUUUAUCCCCAACUAGAAAUGUCUAUGAAAAGCCACAUACAUCCCCGUCAGAUCUUUCUUCUUCUUUCUUGGGAAAAAAAGAGACUAACUCAUAACACCAGUUAUAUCAGUGAUUUACAGUGACAUAUGACUUCAUCUAAAUGUUCUAUAAAAUGGCUUCGACACCUUUCUCGAUUAUAUUUCCCCCCCUUUUUUUUGCGAAAACAAUUCGUAGCAUUAGUGACGAGACGAAACAAUCAUUGUGAGCCACUGACGGCGGCGUCGCUCCCAGUCCCUCAUAGAAAUGAACUCGAGCUUGUUAUCACCGCUGCAAGGAAGCACUAAAACUAAACGCCCCGACACGAUUCUCUUGCCCAGGACAGUUCGGUGAGUUGAACUGUGUCCUGCUUUCGCUCUUCUCACUGUGCUGUUCGAAUUCAAUUGAAAUCCGAGCGCAUCUCGCUGCAGUGUCUGUGAAUGUAUUACAGCGUUCCAAGCGGUGAUUCGUCUUUUCUGUUGAUCUGUUUUCUAUCUGAGCUUGUUGAAGUGAAGGUAUCAUUCGGAGUGAAGGCUUUAACGAGCGGGGGUGUGAAUAAUUAAUAAAGUUCACUGAUCUGUGGGAACCAUCAGCAACACACGCUGGAAUAGAAUCCAAUGCAAUGUAAUGACAGAAUAAGCAUUGAUUACUGCGAUCUUUAUUUGAUUCUCUGGUUUAAGAUUGCAGAGCAUCAAUCAGUUCUUGUUGUUCUGUGAGGAACCUGGAGGUUUUAGAAUUUUGUCAUCAGUAAAGAUGUUUUAUAAACGGCCGUGUCUGCGAACACGGACUUUGAAAACGUUUGUAGAAGAACGCAGCCUCCUCGAGCACAUUUGAUUUUUGCAAAUGUAAUAACCGGCAGGACGUGAAUCAAUUGGCCUUCGGAAAGAAGUCUUAAGUUUCUGAGAGUUUCUUUAAAAAACAGGAGUUCUGUUCAUUGUGUUUAUCAUACAUGUAGAUGUUUUCAUUUCAUCCUGCAGCUACUAGAACAAUGGAUGCCCAUCUGCAAAGGUUCUGUCAUUCAUGAGGGACUGUUGGUGGAAAUUAUGCAUCUUCAUUUUUGUACCUUGUUUUUGCUGAUAGGGUAUAAAAAGGCUUUCUUACAGAUUUCUGCUUUUUUUUUUAUGUUGGUACAGCUGUACAAAAUCCCACACCAAUAGUUUUUUUUUCUUCUUCUUUUGUUUGCAUUAUGUUGUUCCUGCAGCCUUGAUAUUCAGGGUGGAUUGUAAAAAAUAUAAGAAUAAAAAUUGUGAGUUUUGGAAGAUUAAGAUUAUUUUGUUAAUGUUAUUUGCAGAUUAGACGAUACUAAAGGUGUCACGUACGGGCUCAUCUGUGUAAGAAACAGAACUGAACAGAAAAUAAUGCGUAUUGAAGGUAAAUAAGAAGAAAAUUGUAAUAAAUAUUUUGCACCAGUUUG